AUGUCGGCAUACAACCAGCCAACUGCUAAGCGGCAAAAAGUUCGAGAACCGAGAACAGACAACGUAGAUUAUUUUCAAGGUAUAGAGAAGGUAGAGUACAACAAUAUGGCGUCGCCAGCAGAGAGUGGCAGCUACCGGUACUACAACGUGUCGGAGCGCGUGCACUCGCGGCCCAUGGACGACUGGCUCAAGUACAGCGUGUCGCUCACUGACUUCAGGAGCAACGGUUCCGACGUACACGGUCGUUCUACGCACUCUCGACCUUGGGACGACGGCACGGACUCCAUGGACAAUCACAAGCGACACAUCAAGGCUCUGUUCGACCUCUGCGCUAAGCUAGGAGUCAAGUACUGGACGGCCUACGACUCCGACCUGGUGCCGUACUCGGAGAGCUAUGAGGAGAACAAGACGCAUUGGGAUGAUGUCACCGAGUACAUACAGGAACUUACACAGAGGUACCAUGUAAAGCUACUGUGGAUAGCUCCGGAUUUGCAUUCACAUCCCAGAUACGUAUCAGGCGCCUUCACAAGCAACGAUGCGUCCACAUUCAUCCAAGCAGCCACACAAAUAAAGAGAUGUCUAGAAGCGGCACAACGUUUGAACUCAGAAUGCUUUCUAAUAUGGCCGUAUAGAGAGGGUUACCAUACUCCAUUCCAAACUGACGUCGCUAGAGAAAUAAAACUAUUCGCUAAACUACUAAAGCUCACCGCAGAAUACAAAGACAGACUGAAUUAUAGAUGCCAAUUACUAAUAAUGCCAUAUUACAAGUCCUACCAUAACAGAAACUUUUACGGAGGCUGGCAACACCACCAAUGGCGGGAAAGAGAUCUAGUUUACACGUAUAUGUGGGAUGUGACGAGUUGUCUCUACUUGCUAAAGAAUUAUAACUUGGAUCGGUAUUACAAGGUGUCUGUUACGCCUGGACAUCACAUGUAUAUGGCUAACGUAUACAACAUGCUGGGUGGUGUGACAGUAACAAAUGAGUGGGACCAUUACGAUAGUAGAACUCUGACCUUGAUGAUGAAGUGUAUUGUGGAUCAGGGUUCAUCGCCACCUGGCGGAAUAAACUUGAAACUAGUACCUCGGCGAGACAGUGACCUGCGCGAGCUGACUACGAUGUACGUGAAGUAUAUCGAUGCUGUGGCCAAAGCACUGAGAAUGGCCUGCACUGUGAUCGCUGAACAAAUAUUGUCCAAGCAUUUACAGCAACGCUACUCUACGUACUACAGUGGAAUCGGAUCUCGGAUCAUCAGUAGUGACAUCUCUAUGGAGGAAUGUGAAGAAUAUUAUAAAAAGAACCAACCUCACGGAGAUGUGCCAUCUUCAAAGUACGAACACUUGGACGUGGUGUUCCAGAGACACUUGGAUGCCUGCGACCAUAUAUGA